AUGGCAUCUUCUUCCGAUAAAACCAAUGAUUCUCAAAAAUCAAACAAAGAUCAAGAUGAAAUUGAAAACGAGAGCAAAAAGAAAAAAAUUCAGAGUCAGAGGCCAAUUUCAAAGAAAAAACGGGGACGCGAGCAAACCGAGAGGUCCGAGACCAAAAAGAAAUCAUGGGUGUGGAAGCAUUUUGCGGUCGUGAAGAAGCCACUGAUGAGUAGAAACGAGGAGGGGAUAAUGGUCCAAGUUGGAUUAACCAACCGAGCUCAAUGCAGGCAAGCAUUUGAUAGAUUGGCUGAAGAAGAAGACACUAAGUAUAAAAGUUAUUUUGAUGAGGAUGAUGAGGAAAAUGAGGAAGAUGGAGAAGAUGUUGUAGGGAUUGAUUUUGGGAAUGAACCUGUUGAACCUAUAGGGGACCAAGGGACUGAAAUAAUUAGAAGAAAGAAAGAUAAAGUAGUGAGAGGGAAGAAAGUGGGGCCUCCAACUGAUGAUGAUUGGGAAAAAGCUGCUGCAUUUGUGAAGUUUUUGAGAGUGUUUUUUGAUGUCACUUUGAAUAUUAGUGCUUCAAGCAAACCUACUGCUCACAAAGCAUUCCAUGAUAUUGUUUCAUUAAAAUGUGAGAUAGAAGAGAUUUUUGAUGCCUCAAUCACAAACCACAGCACAGAUUAUGAGAAAACAUUGUUCAACAUGUCAGUCCAAAUGAGGAGCAAGUACAACAAGUACUUUGAUUCACUAGAUGAUGUGAAUCAGCUCCUGAUUGUUGCUUUGGUGUUAGACCCUAGGUUCAAGCUAAGGUAUUUCACUAGAGUUCUUGGGAGGAUGUUGAAUUAUGAUGCCUUUACUGUAAAGGUAAGGACAGAAAGGUUGAAAGAGUUGAUUGUUACUCUCACUGACUUGUAUGCUUCAAUGAAUGGUGUUCAAAGCUCUAGCACAAAAAAGGCAGAUGGUGAUGAAACUGGGAGUGGAAGCAGUUGUUCUUCAAACAAGCUGACAGGGAAGAAAGCAAAAAUGAUGGAAGAUUGGAAAAAAGACCUUGAAGAUGUUGAUGCUGUUGUAGUUGCUCAUGAGGUUGACAGAUACCUACUUGAUCCAAUUGAGAAGCCAGGUCCAGGAGUUGAUUUUAAUAUUUUGUCAUGGUGGAAGCUAAUGGGAGGUAAGUAUCCUAAUUUGCAAGCACUUGCUAAAGAUGUGCUAGCCAUUCAAGUUAGUACUGUUGCUUCUGAGUCAUGUUUUAGCACUGGGAAAAGAGUUAUUGAUCCUCAUAGGAGUUCAUUAACUCCUAGAUCAGUGGAAGCACUGAUUUGUCUUCAAAGUUGGCUUAAGUCUGAUUCAAUCACAACCCUUGCAUACACUCCUACCCCAGAUGAAAUUGAAUGGCUUGAAAAAACUGAACAAGAAUUGGAUCAAGAGGAGAGAGAGCAUAGAGAGAAGUUGGAGAAACAGAAGGAAAUGGAGUUGAUUGAGAAGAAAAAUAAAGCUGCAAAAGCCUCCAAAGGCUCUGAUGCUGGAACUUCUUCCAAAAUGAAAAUUUGA